AGGGUGCUGCAUGUAUCGAUUGGCAUUGAGAAUUCCAAUUGUCGACUAAAGACCUAAAGAAUUUUUCGACCUCCGCGCAGCUGGCGCUUGUUAAGCAUGGAGACCAUUGUCGGUAGCCGGGACAGGGAGGAGAAUGGGACUGGAAAUUCGCACCAUCUGCUUUUCAUACCGAUGAUAAUGCAGGCGCAUUUUGCCUCGGCCAUCAGACUCGCAGAGAAACUCUCAGCGAGAGGAUUGAAGAUCACUAUCGUGACCAUCAGUAAGCAUGCGGAGUCGUUGAACAAAAUUUACACCCCCGAAGGUCUCCUGAAGCUCGGGCUGAGCGUCGAAGUUGUCGAGGACCCAAAGAUCGAUCCCAAACUUCCGAGCGCCUGGAGUCCCCUCAAUGUGGCCAAAUGCAUGGAGGAAAGUUGCCGGCCCCUGCUGCAGAGGCUUCUUGGGAAGAAGAAGGCCGGGUCGCCUUAUCCCACUUGCAUGCUUGCCGACAGAUUCUUCACCUGGUCGAAGGAGUAUGCAGAGCAGCUCGACAUUCCGAGGUAUGCGUAUGCCAGUUACGCAGCUGUGACUACAAGACUCAUGCAGGUAUAUCACGAAUUUGAAGACGACCUGAAGCAGAUACCAGAUGGCCCCGACUGGGAGCGAGACUGGUUCGAAAUCUUCCACGGCAAGCCGGGUCUUGAGUUUUUGUCGUCAGCGAGUGAUCUACCAGGGGCCAGUCGAUCGAAUGGCUGGUUUGACUUUGCCAUUGAGAUUGGCAGAAACAUUUGCACUGCAGAAGGCGUAGUGAUGAAUUCUUUCAGCGAACUGGAGAGUAAAGCUGUCGAGGCAAUUCGAAAUGGCUCCCCCGGGAGCAGGCGUCAAAAGGCGACGCGGGUGUUUCCUGUUGGGCCGAUCUCCGAUCUGAGAAGCUUCAGAAACGAGUCAUACGUUAGUAAUACGGAUGAUUCUCAUGCGGAGUGUAUGGAGUGGCUCGAGAAACAGCCCACCAAAUCAGUUCUCUACGUUUGUUUGGGCAGUCAAGUUGUAUUGGAGAAGGAGCAAAUUGGACAUUUGGCUCGAGCUUUGGAUGCUAGCCACCAGACAUUCCUCUGGGUUCUGUCGAAGGGGCGCGGCAACUUCAAUACUCUGGACGACGUUCUCCCCGAAGGCUUUCUGACUCGAACAUGUGGUCGCGGCCUGGUCGUGACAGGAUGGGUCGGGCAGCUCCAGGUGCUGGCUCACCCGUCCGUCGGCGGGUUUGUAUCGCACUGCGGGUGGCAGUCCGUGCUCGAGAGCAUGACAUGUGGUGUGCCGAUAAUAGGCUGGCCACAUGUGGCCGAGCAGCACUUCAAUUGCCGAUACGUACAACAGGUUCUCAAAGCCGGCAUCGGAAUCAGAGAUGAUAGCAACAGGGCGCCGAUAGUGGAGCAACUAGAAUUCGAGAACGCAUUUAAAUUAUUUUCGCCUGAAAAACUGGGAAAAGCCUUAGCGUUCAAUGCCGCCAGUUUCGGCCGGAAAGCUGCGGCAGCUGUGUCAAGGGGUGGAUCUUCCGACAAGGCUAUUGACGAUUUGAUUGAGUCAAUCAAACAGCCAAGAGAAAUUCAUGAAAACUAAGGCCAUCAACCAGACGCGUUAAGAAGAAUGUCAUGCACACAUAAUUCGUCCGCAGGAUUGCUUGAGUGUCCAACAUUCCACAUGUCAGAAUGACUGGAAUGUUGGCACUUCUGACAUUCUUCCGAACGCAGAAUAAUCGGCCAUGUCAGACCUCAUUCCCUGGAAACUGAUCUUUCCUGCAUACUGAUCUGUCCUUUCGGACAACUGGCUGAAAUUCCGAGCUUAAAGCUCGAGUGCUUAUGACACCAUCUCUAAAGUUGAAGGACUAUACACUCUCAGUAUACCUGUAUAGACAUUAUAUUUAACAGGAGAGUCCAGGAUGUACAAAGUUUUCAGAGUUAAUUUUGUAGGCAUUCCGAAUUUGUAGGUGAACACCGUGCAGGUGCUAAAUAGCACUAUGCAUGUGAAAGUGUAAUUAAUUUACGCGACAGAUUUAAUAAUUUAAUGAAUUUUAUUGAGUUCCC